AUGCCAUUCCAUCAUGUCACGGCUGGGCUGCUGUACAAAGGAAACUAUCUGAACCGGUCACUCUCAGCAGGAAGCGACAGUGAACAGUUGGCCAACAUCUCAGUGGAAGAAUUGGAUGAAAUUCGGGAAGCUUUCCGAGUCCUCGAUCGUGACGGCAAUGGCUUCAUUUCCAAGCAGGAGCUGGGAAUGGCCAUGCGCUCUCUGGGAUACAUGCCUAGCGAGGUGGAACUGGCAAUUAUUAUGCAGCGGCUGGACAUGGACGGAGAUGGUCAAGUUGAUUUUGAUGAAUUCAUGACGAUCCUUGGGCCAAAACUGGUGUCCUCGGAAGGGCGGGAUGGCUUUUUGGGGAAUACAAUUGACAGCAUAUUCUGGCAGUUUGACAUGCAACGGAUAACAUUGGAGGAGCUGAAACACAUUCUCUAUCAUGCGUUCCAGGACCACUUAACAAUGAAGGACAUUGAAAAUAUUAUCAUCAAUGAGGAGGAGAGUUUAAAUGAGAACUCUGGUAAUUGUCAAACAGAAUUUGAAGUGCACUCUCAGAAACAGAACCGACAGACCUGCGUACGGAAGAGCUUAAUAUGCGCUUUUGCUAUGGCCUUUAUUAUCAGCGUCAUGUUGAUUGCAGCCAAUCAAAUCCUCCGAAGUGGCAUGGAGUAGCCGUAACACUGUGAAACAAAUGAUCCACGCAUGCGCAUGCUGCCCGGUGAACUUUCUCCCUGAUCAACUUUCAAAUAAACGGGCAAAGGAGAGAGCACAUGAGUGAGAACGAGAGAUAAGAGGGAUGGCUCGGCAAGGAAUCUGUAUCCGGCAGCGUAUUUGUAAAUCAACUAUAUCCUCUUGGCAGGGACAAUAAAAGGGCUGUCUUAAUGCUUUAAUGGUUUUUUGUUUCCUAAUGCAAUAAAAAAGAAAACCAUAAGAGCCCUGAAUUAUAUUUUUGAUGUGGUAGCAGUAGAUGAGAACAAGGAUGCAUCGAUCAAGACUCAGCACUGGUUGCAUGGUUGGGUGUCCUACUGGCCAGGACGCUUUCAUGAAUCUAUUUUUAAGUGUCCAACGUUCCAGGAAAUGGAUGUCUACAUAAUCACAGCGAGUUCAAGACCAUAAUUUCUACAAUUUCAUCUGACUUCAGGGUUUUUGAUUCAAGUCUUUAAUGAUGAAGAAACUAGUGGAAGGGCCGUGCCUGGAGACAUGGAUAUGAAUGAUGCUGCUUCAGAGAAGUUUUGUUCAACUACUAAACAUAAGACUGUGGUCCAGUGUUUCUUUCUUUUUUUUAAUCAGUGCAUUUUACU